CACUCAGGUGACAAAAAAAGAACACUCUUAAGUAGGGAACUAAAGAAGGAAGAGACAAAAAGUCAGAGGAAGGAGUGUAUUUAAAGAUGCAAAAGGGGAGGGACAGAUAUGCUGUAAACAAAUGAAGUGAGGCUUAAGUGAGAUGCACCUGGAGGAAAGACGACAACUGAAAUAUACUGGGUUUUGCAUUCCUAAGAUAGAUACUUUACAACGCUGCAACUGUAGCAAGAAAAAAUACAAACAAAAAUGGAGCUGUAUCACAAUGCCAACACAUGUUGACAAGGACUGACAAAGAAAAGCUCACAGAAAGAUACAAGAGACGAGAAGAGCAACCAGAGAAACACGGAGUGAAUACUAAAGAAACUCGGAAAAUCAAGAAAAGCAGCAAGGCACCUUUUAAAGGUUGGACAGGGGUCAUCGCCAGCUGCCUACUGCCCAUGUGGAGGGUGUCAGCCUUUGUGGGGAGCUCCAUCAUCGUUGCCCAGAUUGUCUGGGAGGGCAUUUGGAUGAGCUGUGUGGUCCAAAGCACAGGCAACAUGCAGUGUAAACCUUACGACUCCCUCCUUGCUCUUGGCAGUGACCUGCAGGCUGCCAGGACUCUUACUGUCAUUUCAAUCAUUGUCGGUGGAAUAGGCCUCAUUUUGGCCUUUGUUGGUGGAAAGUGCACCCACUUUUUGGAUGAAAAGGGAGGCGUGGUCAAGGUUAAAGUGGCUGUAGUGGCAGGGGCAACAUUGAUAGCCGGGGGUCUGUUCUGUUUGAUUCCUACAUCAUGGGUGGCUGGGGCUUUAGUGAAGGAGUUCUACAGCACCUCUAUAAAUGCUCAGAAGAUGGAGAUCGGGGCCUGUCUCUACAUCGGCUGGGGAGCAUCCAUUCUGCUUGUUCUGGGAGGCGGUUUGUUCAUCAGUUCUUCACGCCCCAGCAAAAUCCAUGAAACUGAAAAGAGCCCCUCUGUUCGUUACCAGGUGGUCCGCUCCUCCAAUGCAUCUAGCUAUAAAGGUUUGCAUCGCAACCAGAUGUCAUUAGCAGAGACGCUACCUGUUGGCAUGGACUACCCCAGGCUUCAAAGCUAUGAGGGAAUGACUGCAAAGCCUCAGCAGUACACAAGCCCUCCAUCCUGGGAGGCUGUGUCUGACCAGGGCUUGAAACAGGACUCAGAGAGAUCAUGGGCUCCUUCCACAAAGUCACAGAUGAAAAGAGCAGAAUCUACAAGAUCUAAACACAGCGAUGCACCAUCUACAAAGUCUCAGCUCAAAAAAGCAGAAAUGGAAGAGAUCUUAUCACUUGAUAGUGACAGUGACGAUGUAUCCCUAAAUCCAGCAAAAACAUACAUUUAAUAUGGCCACAUAUAUGUAAUUACAUUUACUUAUGUUUACACACAAGAGUGAUUCUGUUUGGAUUUAACUAUGCUUCAAGCAUGCUUUCUUUUUGAAGGACGAGAUCAACAUGAAGGAGAAUUACGGCUUUAUUGUGUCAUGUGUGAAGAUUGAUAAUUAUCUCUUAAGAAGUUAACAUUGUUAUUUAAACACUGAUGUAAAUGUGAAAUGAUAAUGCUAUCAGCUAUCUUUUUUGGUAUUUACCUCUGUUCAGAAUGGGCUUGUAGCUUCUAUCACCCUGACUCUGAUAUCUGAUUAUAUCUUUACAUUUUUGAAUGUGCUCAUUUGGUGAGAUUAUUAUUGUCUUUUGUUAUUUUGUUAUUGUAAUGAUUAUGCUCUUUGACACAGCAGUGAAAUGUCAUUGCACUUUGCUAUUAUUUGGUCAGAUGACUGACUGACUGGUAUUUAUAAUUUGCUGUUCAAUAAAUGACUGUGAGUUUCAGCCAUGAGCUGAAAAUAGCCUUUCAGAAUCCCCCUGGACUCUCAGCCUGUUCCUCCACAGGACAAACUGGUUUGACAGAAAGUGUCAUUACAGGAUAGUGUGCAGUGUUAAAGGAGGAAGCAUUGUGCAUUUGUAGAGGAUUCAGCGUUUAGUUUCAGUAAAUCCUGCUU